AUGACUCCCCCUUUGCGGUCCUUUCGCUUCGGCAGAUUUUCCCUCUCUGCAACCGGUAUCAUAGUUCUCGCCUUCUCCGCCCUCUACCUACUCUCCCUCCGUUACUACCGGGGCGCCAGCUAUCGAGAUCCGACUUCCUUCUUCUUCGACGCCAGUCGCGCCUACGAGAGACAUUAUUCUGCGAAGAGAAUCGCCGAGGCGGACGCGUUUCUAGGGGCGGCCGGUGAUGUCAGGCCGCCCACAAGGCUACCGGGAGAGACGCCGAAGAUAUGCGUGGGGAUAGUAACCGUGCGUCGACGGGGAGACCAAUACGUCGGGUUAACCGUGGCAUCGCUUCUGGACGGCCUCGGCGAGCCUGAGAGAAAGGAUCUCCUCUUAUACCUCCUGGUCGGGAAUACCGAUCCCACACAACAUCCCAUCGCCUCCGAAAAAUGGGUCGAAACACUACCGGACCGCCUACUGACGUACUCGGAGGACAACCCGGAUUUUCAGCAAAUAAAGGCCUGGGAGGAAGGCGGAUGGUACCGGAACAAGACGAUCUACGAUUACACGCAUCUGAUGAAGGACUGCUACGACACGGGUGCCGAUUAUGUGGCCAUGAUAGAGGACGAUACGUUGGCGGUCAAGGGCUGGCUCCGAUCCGCCUUCCAGGCUCUUAACGCAGUUCAAAAGCGAUCGAGGGGUCGAGACUGGAUUUACUUACGGCUCUUUUAUGUUGAUGACCUCCUGGGCUGGAAUUCCGAGGAGUGGCCCAGAUAUUUAGCCGGGUCCCUGUUGAUCUGGGCGCUGCUCACUGGGGCGAUGGUAGCCGCGAAACGACGCUUCCAGACCGAGCUCAAGUCUUUACCAAACAAUGCCAUUUGGAUCACCUCUUGUCUCUUUAUCCCCGCGGCUAUAGCCCUCCACUUCAUGGCAGGUCGACAGACGAUGUGGCCGAUGUCUGCUGGGGUUCACGAAAUGAACCAGUAUGGAUGCUGCUCGCAGGGCCUGGUUUAUCCACGCUCCAUCAUCCCCGACUUGCUCGAGCGGACGGACUUGACAACGGAUUGGCUAGUCGACAUGAUGGUUGAGAAGAUUGCCGACCAUGAGGGCUGGACACGGUGGGCGGUGGUUCCAUCGCUACUUCAGCAUAUUGGCGCGACGAGCUCGAAGGGAUAUGGGUUUGAUGACUCGGCCAGAAGGCUGUGGAAUUUUAGAUUCGAAGAAUACCCUUUCUAG